CGGAGCCUGCGGUUCGUCCAGCUGCCGGUUAGUAACGCCUGUGUCGGUAACCGGCAGGUCGGUCGCCGCGUGCGGGCUGGUUAUCGGCCAGGUGUCGAUCAGCUUCGGCUCCCGCGGGACCUCCUUUCAUCUGUAGCCCUUUGUUAGCCGCUGCUAGCCGCCCGAGGCCUCCCCGCUGAUCAGCGUGCCGCCAGACUCCGUUCACAAAUCUGCUGUUUCUGCAAAACACAUUUUAUGCUGCCUGUUCGUUUGUGUUUGUUUACGGGACAGUCCUUUCUCUAAACAGCGUCGUGUUCUGAUAGGUUCGGCCUGGGACUGACCGAUGAAGACUUCAUGGAAAGAAUAAAUAUCUGCUAUGGAGAGCUGAACGUUCUGGAGGAUAUUCUGACCGAAGCUCCAGACCAGGAUGACGAGCUGUACAACCCCGAGACCGAGCGAGACAUCAGCGACAAGAAGGGAACAAAGAGGAAGAGUGACCGCUCAGACAGCCAGGACCUGAAGAGGCGUCGCCCCUCAUCAGGCCACGCCCCCUCCAGGUCGUCCUCCAGCAAUAAAAGAGCCCCGGGACCAGCCCUCUCCGCCUCCUCUUCUAAGAAGGUGGCGUCCAGCCCCCGUGGCCGCCACACCGCCACCACCAGUAACGCCGCUACCGGCAGCAGCUACCAUCAUGAAUACUACGAGGAGCGAAAGGCGCGGCGAGGGGCCCGAGAAGCGACCAGGAGCCGCGGAGGAGAGGACGUACGACGCAGAGAGUCUCCGAGAGGCCUGGAGGGUCUGAGCCAGAAGUUGCGACGUGACGAGCGGCGUGCAAGCCCCUCCCCCCAUGGGGAGGACAACCAAUCAGAGGAGGAGGUGGCAGCAGAGUACGGCUCAGAGCCGGGGUCUGGAAGCUCCUCCCCUGCCGGCUCCCACGUAGAGGAAGAGGACGAGGAGGACCAGGAGGAAGAGGAGGAUGAGGAGGAAGAGGAGGGCAUGGAGGAGGAAGAGGAGGAGGAGGAGGAGGAAGGAGAGAAGGAAGAUGAAGAGGAGGAAGAGGAGGAGUAUGAGCGCCGCGGCGGCGAGGCAAAUGACUAUGACACUCGCAGCGAGGCUGGCGACUCGCGCUCCGCCUCCUCCGUCAGUUUCUCUGACGACGGCGAGUCGGUGCACUCGGGCUCGGCCUCCGAGGCCUCAGGUUCGGAGAAGAAGCGGGAGAAGCUGUCAUCGUCUGUCCGAGCAGUUCGCAAAGGGAUGGAGAAUCCGACCAGUAAACUGCGUUACAUCCUGCGAGACGCUCGCUUCUUCCUCAUCAAGAGCAACAACCACGAGAACGUGUCACUGGCGAAAGCUAAGGGCGUGUGGUCGACGCUGCCGGUGAACGAGAAGAAGCUGAAUGCAGCUUUCCGCUCGGCUCGGAGCGUCGUUCUCGUCUUCUCUGUGAGGGAGAGCGGGAAAUUCCAAGGUUUCGCCCGUUUGGCCUCAGAGUCUCAUCAUGGAGGAUCUCCGAUCCACUGGGUUCUUCCUGCCGGCAUGAACGCCAAGAUGCUGGGAGGAGUCUUCAAGAUCGACUGGCUCUGCAGGAGGGAGCUUCCUUUCACUAAGACGGCUCACCUGUCCAACCCCUGGAAUGAACACAAGCCCGUCAAAAUCGGACGCGAUGGACAGGAGAUCCAACCCGACAUCGGCGCUCAGCUCUGUGCCCUGUUCCCAUUGGACGAGAGUGUGGACAUGCACCAGGUGGCUCGCCGCGUUCGUCACAAGCGUCGGACGCCGUCGGAGCCGCGGCCUAGGGGCCGACCACCACAGCGCGAACCGGGAAGGUUAGCCAAUCACCAAGCUCCUCCUCCCGCUUCCUGUUCUUCUUCUUCUCCUGCUGCGACCACGGCGCCACCUGCUGCCGGACGACAGAGACGGCCGCUGCCUUUAGCCGGCGGCUAGCUAUCCGUGGCUAGCAUUGCUGGUUCUCUGGUGGUUGUUGUGGUUUUUCCAGUCUGGAGUUUUCCUCUGGAGUUUCCACCGGAGUGACGCCUCGCUCUGCGGCUGUGGUUGAAGUCUUAAAAAGAGUCAGGCAGGAAAUGUAAAUCCUCAGCAGGGAGAUGCUUGUUAACAGUUGGCGCCACAAAGAUUAAUUCUCAGUUUCAUUCUUCAUUUAAUUUUAAGUUUAAUUCAUAAUUCUUUCUGAUUGAAUUUAAGCAGCUGCACAUUUUAAUCCAUUUUUCUUUUAUUAAUUUAAUUUUUUAAAUUAAGUUUUUGUAUUUUUUAGAUUUCUUUUAUACUUAUUUAAAUCUCUGUAGGUGCUAGUUGAGACAUUUGAGAAAUUUCUAAAUUUUGUUGUUGCUAAAUUUCUCCUUUGAAGCUCUUUUCUUUGCAGGAGUUUCGCACUUCGGAAGUUAAAAAUUCAAAAAGUUUGGCUUUUAGCUGGACUGUGGCUGACCCUUUCAGAAUAAAAGCAGAAAGGACUAACGUCACUGGCUGGACUGAUGGAUGAGGGGGUGGGUGAGGGAGGGGCGAGCGAGAUUAAACUAAAACAGAGAGAGAGAAAGUGAGGCACCGUUCCCAGCGGACUGGUUCUGGUUCUUUGAGAAGGUGGUGCAGUGUGGUGGACUAUAUCCAAUGAGAGGCUGGGAUGUGUCUGAGGGGGGCGUGGUCUCAGGACUAUAUCCAAUGAGAGGCUGGGAUGUGUCUGAGGGGGCGUGGUCUCAGGACUAUAUCCAAUGAGAGGGUGUGGUGUGUUGGGAGUGUUCCUCGCUUGUUCAAGUAAGGUAAAAUUACAGAGAUACAUAAAGGAAAAGAUGGACUCAGUUUCCAAAAAAAUCCUCAUGAACUGAAAAAAUGAUGCCCCCUCCUCCUCCCCCCUCCAUGAAAGGACAGUUGUAUAAGGCCCUCCUCCCCCCUCCAACCCCAGUGCGCGCACACACUGAAUAAGGACUGAGAGCUCGUUAACAAAAAACUGUUUAUUUGUUGUUGUGUGUGUCGCUCUCUAUGAACUGAAUAUAAAAGUGUGUGGGAGGAGGAGGAGGAGGAGGAGGGGAGGAAGAAAAAAAUAAGAGAAUCCAGAACGGAAGAUGGGGGGAUGGGGAAGUUGGUGGUUUCUGUUUUAAGGACUGUUGCUGGUCUGGAAGGGGCGGGCUGAGAGGGGCGGGCAUUGUUUACUGAUUGACAGGACUGCACCAUCAUCAUCAUCAUCAUCACCACCCCUCCACCCUUUCAAAAUAAGAGGGUUUAAAAAUAUGCUUAAACAUGGACUGAUGAGGAGGAGAAACUGUUUUUUAUAAUCUAAAGUUUUGUUGACACAAACAGCCCCCCCCACAUAUACAGCAGAAGCGGUAUGUUGUCCCUUUCAGAGGCUUCUUCUUCUUUGUUUGUUUUUUUUAUUGUGUGUGUGUGAAGCAAACUUUGUCAAAUUGAUGUUUUUUGUUUUUGGCCUUCGAACAUUGAACUAUUAUUUAUAACAGAAAGCACUGAUUGGAAAAUUAGUUAGAGAACAGGUAGUCAUUGGUUAAAUGCGUAUCGACCAAAAUCACAGAUGUGUGUCAGAGGCUUCCCGACAUACGACUCCCGGAUCUUCAGAGCCUGGACUGACAUACAGGAAAACUUGAACAGGAAAAGAAGGAAGAACCACUAGAAAGCAGGCUGACCAAUUGAAAGGGCUGGUAGACAUGAGGACGACCGGUAGGAAGGGUAGGGAGGACCCCGUAGACAUGAGGACGACCGGUAGGAAGGGUAGGGAGGACCCCGUAGACAUGAGGACGACCGGUAGGAAGGGUAGGGAGGACCCCGUAGACAUGAGGACGACCGGUAGGAAGGGUAGGGAGGACCCCGUAGACAUGAGGACGACCGGUAGGAAGGGUAGGGAGGACCCCGUAGACAUGAGGACGACCGGUAGGAAGGGUAGGGAGGACCCCCGUAGACACG